AUGACGGAGCACAGGGGCGCCUCGUUUGCGCACUCGUGCGUCAAAGUGCCGCUGGACCCGUACAGCCGACAACCGACGCCGGCUUACGAGAGGCCAAGAACUGAAAAGUCUAUCUUACCUACAAAGUCGCACUCGGCGUCGUUGGUGACUUUGCCCUGCGGGAGGGAAGAGGACCGGUGCAGCAGAAUGGACAACAGAAUCCUAAGCGAGCUGUUGAGCGCCCGCGAGGAGCACAAGCUUCUGGAGCACGUGCAUCGUAGGGACGGCGACUGCCACGAGGACAUGCACCACCUGACAAACGAGCAGUUCAAGCAGAAGCUGGACCACCUGAAGCGCAGGCAGCGCAUGCUCCUGAAAAAUCUGCGCAACUGCCUCGAGCAGGCGGACCACGACGAUGCCGCCAACAACUCCGGAAAAAGUGAGGAAACGACGGCUCGAGCGUGCAGCAAAUCGCCCCGAGGUUGCACCGAGCGUAACAACCUCCCAACCGAUCUCGCCCUCAAGGGCAGACGGUGCAACUUAUUGGAGCAGGCCAACAGUCCCCCCUUGGGCAAUUUCUCCUGUCUCGCCGAGGAUCAGGAUUUCCUCACCUACAGGCGCAACGAUCCCGAGUUGUGGUUGCACAGGGAGCGCGGAAAGGCCGCAAAGACCCUGCGCAACGAGAAGAUCCUGUCUUUGGACAAGUGCAGCCUGUGGAGCUCGGGCAGCGAGUCCAAGAGCCCGGCCGACGAGAGCGACGAGCCGGGGGUGAAAGUCGAGACCAAGAGCUUGCCGUCCCUCAGUCCCGAGCGCUGGCAGCCCACGGCUACAAAACCCUUCAACUUUGGGCUCAGGUACACGUAGGCGUGCGCCAAAAUAAAAUAAAACGCAACUUUACCCUUUGUUUUUUUCGAAAAAAAAAGGGAGGUCACGGAAAAGUACCUGAACGAACAGCCCGAGUUGAAGCAGCAACCGAGCAAGGGUAGAAACCCGGCAAAGAAGCGGCGCAUGAGACCGGUGCCCCUCACCUCGAAAAUACCCCUCUACGACAAACUCAUGGCGGAAAAGGAGGAAAGAAGCCGAAUCGUACGGGAGGAGAGCGCGCUGAGCCUGUUGUCGCAGGUGCGGCCCUUCAAGCUCGAGUGCGAGCGUCGAGCCUUGCGCGCGCUGUCGCGUUCGAGUCCCGAGCUAGGGCGCACCUUAACCAACGGUACCGGCAAGCGCGGCCCCACUCGCUUCAAGGCGAACCCCGUGCCGCGGGGCCUCUUCAGCGCCGACGUCUACGACCGCAUGCUCGAGGAAGAGUACUUCAGGAAGUUGCAGAAGCGCAUCCGAGCCUCGGAGUUGCUCAAGUCGGCCUCGCUGCCUCCGUCCAUGGCGAGGCGCGAGCGCUGCCGGUCGGCCUCGUGUCCGCGCUCGAGGUCCGCGGCCAGGAGCACGGCCUCGUCGCGCUCGCGCAGCUGCAGCUCCAUCGCUGGUAAUCGGGGCUGCUGCGCCCCCCUCCUCACCGAGCACUCGAGGUGCUCGGCCCUCGUGUCCACCCUACCCAUCCACGGCACCAAUCUCGCGGCCAUACUCAGGGCCCAAGCUGCCAGGGAAAAGCUGGAGCGCGAGAUCCAAGAGAGGCUGGAGGAGAAGCGUCGCGAGCAGAUGCUACAAAUGCGCAAGACGCUGAUCGGUAGAAAGCCCGCGUGGAGGGCUCUUCGCUUCGCAGCCCGACACGAGCACGAGAGGGACUUGGACUUUCGGGCGUCGCUGCGGCGGGACGAGGCUCGGGAGCAAGCCGAGCGCCACAAGCUGCACAUGGAACUGAUGCUGGACCGCGUCACCCGCAUACCUACCCUCUUCGAACGAUACUCGCAGGAUGAGACGCUGUUGCAGAGCUUCCACCGCGGCAGGGAUAGCCCGACGAAGGGCGAGCGUAUCUCCGGCAGGGGGAAGAAAAAGAAAAAGAAGAAGCCCGUGGGCCAGCACCAGAGCUCGAGCAGCACCGAGUCGUACAUAAGCCUGAACAGCAACAACAACUCGAGGCCGAGCUCGGGUUCGCUGAGCUCGCCGACUCCCCCGGUUUGCCCGUGGAGCGGCUCUUUGGUGUCAUACAGGCUCGCUGGCACCGACAAGAGGAAGAACAACGACAGGGGUCCGCUCAAGGUGUCCAUCAACGAGACCGCGGAGCUGAUCGAGGACGAUGGGAGCUUUUCCGUGGAUUCGGCGAGCAGUCGGGUGCGCGAGGAGCGCGAAAAACGCGCCCUGCUCGGUGGGGAUGCUCAAGAAAAGGAGUGA